AUGAAUCACAGGUGUAUCUGGUUAUUUGCUGCGACAUGUUGUGUAUAUCUAUCCGUUAAUUUUUCAUCUGUAUCAGCAGGCUGGAGAGGCAAAUGCCGAGGGAGAUGGUCAAUUCACGCAUGUUUAGGAGGUAACGGUAAACGGUCAGGGCCCCAAUCAGCAUUACCCAACAGUGGAGAAAACAGUGGACUUUUCUUAAAAAAGUUACUUUUAAGGAGUGACGACCCCACAUCAGGUUCAGACAGUUAUAGCGACAUGGACAGUUUUUAUCCUCCCAUCGUACAGGAUACAGAAGACGCCAUGGAUAUCCCAAUGGUCCUGGACAACCCUGAUCUCUCCACGGAACAGCUCCAAAGACUCUCCGAUUUGGUGGACGAGUUGAUAUACCGGAAGAAGCUCCGCUCUCUGAGUGAUGAAGCCGGUCUUGUAUAA